UUUAGGCAUUUUCCAGUUUUGUUAGAACUUGAAAAAUUUUAGAACUGAUUUUACCUUCAUGGCUACCUUACUUUGCUGAAUGAUUUCCUUUACACAAACAUAUUUCAGGCACCGCAUGAAUUAAGAACAGACUGAUCUUUGAAUCCUUGGUGUGAUUAUAUGAACAUGACUGAUAUCGACGAAGCACAAGAUGACUUGACUGACACUGUACUACCCGUGAGUGAACAGAAUGCAGUCGAUGCGCGGAUGGAUGCUGAGGAAACACGGGUGGCGGGCUGGUUUGGCCCCAGCAAACCGUCCUGGAGCGACGACGUGGCGUCCGCGUUGGCCGCCUACGACGAGAAGAUGCUGAACGGGGAGGUGUCCUCGUCGUCGUCAUCGAAGGCUUCGGAAGUGCCAGCGGAGGGUCCCGCGGCCGUUGAGGAAGAGCUCAGCGUCCCGUCGGUCAGUGGACGCAGUAAUCCCCUGGGGAAGGGCAGUACGCAUGGGGAGGGCGGGGCGGAGAGUGAGCCGGGCUUCCUGGGCGACAUGGAGGACGACGAAGGCAACAGCGUCAUCACCUUCACGGCGCCGUCUCCGCCGCCUACCGUCGUGGCCAAACCCAUCCAGAUUGUCUCCUCCGGGACUUCUCUUGCCUCCAGUAGUUCAGGUGUUGGAUCACCUGCCGCCGGAAGUGGCGUAGGCCGCUUGCGCAACCUAAGCCGCAACGGCCACCUCACCCUGGAUCUUCAGCCGCAGAAUUUAACGACAACCUCCACUCCAUCCACGACGACCACUACGUCCUCCACGGCCAGUUCGCCGUCGCUCGGACGCUUCGUGGUCACCACCUGCCCGCCAUCGGGCUCGCCCGAGAAAACGCCUCCCAAGAUCUCCGACAAGGUGGUGUCAUCCCCCACUCAGGAGGAAUCACCGCCACCCGCCGCACCCGCUCCCAAAGACGAGCGCUUUCUCUCCCCUUACGAGCGCCUGCAGCUGUACAUUGACCAUCCCGAGCAAGCCUGUCGGAACGGCGUGGCCGUGCAGUACGUCAACUUCAUCAAGGAUGCCGAGGAUCCCGACCAGUUUAUCAGCCAGUCCGCGAAGCAGUUUGAGCGCCUGGUGCAGGAUAAUGAAGUGUCCUUGCGCUUGGCGUUCCUGGAGCAGAUCCCCAAUAUUGUGCGGAGUUAUAAACCGGCAUUCAAGAAACUGCGGCUGAUGGCGUUCAUGGGCGAGUGCAUUCGGGAUGAGAAUUACAAUGUGCGCCGUUUGGCGCAGGUGGCCAUCGCGCAGCUCGUGGAAUUCGCUCCAGAACUGAUGACCCGCGAGACCAUUCAAGCCAGUGUGGUGCCGCUGUUGAUACAGAUAUUCUACGCGGAUUGCCAGCCCGAUAUGAUUAUUGACGCGCUGAAUUUAUUCUGUAAAUUGCUGGAUAAGGUGGGACCGGAUCCGGUGAGGCGGCUGUUCAUACCCGAAUUUAAUAAAUUGUGCCAGCAUGAUAUUGCCCAAGUCAGACAAGCGUGCGCCCAGAAUUUGGCUUUUGUUGUGCGUUACUUUGCCAUAACGCAAGCGGAAGAAUUCGAUCCCAGUGACGAGUACUGCCGGAAAAUUCAGCAGUGGAUUAUUAAGCUGGCGCAGGAUAACGCCUGGCAUGUCCGGGAAACGGCGACCAAUGUGUUUCCACAGCUGAUCGAUAUCUGCCAGAAGCGCUGGGUGACAUUUACCCUCACCGAGCUCUAUCCGGUCUUUGUCAUUCUCUUAUCCGACUCCGCUAAGCAGGUGCGUCGUUGUGCCACACGGGGAUUGGGCCGCAUCAUCGCCACCAGCGCCGAUCCCAGCAAGACCCGCUUAGAAGUCACUCCCGAAGGGACCGUCGCAUUCAAUCCACCCUCGUCCGUGCUGCCGUACCGGCUGAGUGAAUCGGAGGAUUUUCAGCAGCGUCUGUCGCUAUCGGAGAGCGGCGCAGCGGAAACACCGCGUCGUCCGAAUAUCCGCGGGACUAUCAUGCAGCGCACGCCCACCGCCAGUGUGUCCAGUCCGGCGUUGUCGUCCAGUCACAACACCAGCCCGGAAGUCAGGCGGAACUACUACAAUCGGCUGGGGAUCCCGGUGAUUAGCAGUCUGAGUCAGGCGUUGAAUGAAGCGGAGGGCGGUGAGCAGAAGAGGACCGAUCCGAAGUUCAAUUCGUUCUACUUCUGGCAGAGUCCGCUGCCCAAGGUGGAGCUGACGGAGGAUAAGACGCCGGUGAUUCUGCCGGAAACGGUCGAGUUGAGUGGCGCGGAUGGGGAGGAGCACCCUGUCGAAGAAAUUUCGGAGGCGCUUGCGAGUGACUUGCAACUUCGCCCGUCUUCACCGCCCGAUGAAACCGAAUUGCCGUCAAUCACCGAAGCCGCUGUCAUUACUAGCGCCGCCGAUGUUGUCGUGGAAGAGUCCGCCGAUAUGGACCCACCACCGCCCGAACAGUCACCGGAACGCCCACCCAGUGCAGAACUGGAAGAAUCCUUGCCACUGCAAUCCGAAAGCGGCAACGAAAAAGAUCCCCUGAAAGAUUUGGCGGAAUCGUCGCCGGUCACCAGCAGUUCGGGCAUUUUCUCCAGCGGGAGUACCAUCCCGCCCAUGUCCGCGCCCGUGACACCGAGCGUGCCUUUUGGACGACAUUCCGACUACGACGUGGAGGCCUACACCAUUGACAAGCACCGCAAGCGGGAUCUGGGAGUUAUGCGACAGCUGCGGGUCGGGGAGAUUGUAACCCGGAUCGAGGAUAUUCUGCCCAAUCGACAGUGUUUGGAGGAAUUUCUGCUGCAGGCCAGGGAUGAGGAUAAGGAUUCGGUUGUUCAGACGGCUGUGGAUUUUCCGGCUGUUGCUUUGACCGUGGGACGAGAAUUUUGGCCGAAACUACAAGAAUGUCACCGAACGCUGGCCACGGGCAGCGUCCAGACUGCCCGCGAGCUGAUGGCCGCGUCCUUGCCGCGCAUCGCCGAGAUUAUCGGUUAUUACUAUACGUUGGUGGAUCUGGUGCCGUUGCUGAAUGAAUUCCUAAAGGAUACGGACAGCGUGCGGCUGGCGAUGAUUGAGAAUUAUUCUUUUAUAAAGGCUCUGCCACCGGAAGUGCGACCCAUGCAUUUACUGAGAUUGUGUGAAUUUUUUUCGCCGGAUGAGGAACGCAACUGGCGAUAUCGCCAUGCCUGCGCCGGUCAGAUUGCCAACUUGGCGAUGCUGUUCCAGCCCAGAUUGGUAGUCAGGAAUUUGAUGGAUGGAGCGUGGUUUUUCGCCAAAGAUAGAACUGCCGAAGUCCGGAGAAACUCCUGCUUGGCGCUGUCGUCCAUUUUCCAGCGAAUUGAGCAGCAGCGCGACGCGGAAUCCCGCUCCUUCUUCUUGCAGAAACUCAACCUCUUCCUGAAAAGCGACGACUUCCGCACGCGGCAGGUGUUCGCGCAGAUGUGCGAGGAUCUCCUGUCCCGCGCCAGCAUCAGUUUCGACUCCUUCUCGGCGUACUUUGGUGCGCGUUUCUGGCCGCUCUUCGACGACCGGGUGGUAGCCGUCCGGCUGGCCGCCGCCCGGUGCCUCCUGCAUUUUCCCCUGUCCGUCCGCGAUCGACAGGGCCAAUUCGAGAUGGCCGUGGAUAAGCUGAGCCGCGACAGCAGCCGCAGUGUUCAGGAGGUAUACCAGCAGAUUGUCUCCCCCACAGUGCCCGUGACGCCGUCGUCGGGAACGCUGGCCUGAAGUUGCACGAGGCGGAUAUGCUGGUGUUGCGUUAUCAAGGUUUUUAGUUUUACAGUUUUCAGUUUUUUUUACGGUUUACUGUCGCCUGAAUCGACAGUUGGAAUGCAUGUGGAUGUGGUGCAUCCAGCCAGGGGUGUUUUUUUCUGCUCUCGUGUGGUGUUUUUCAGCAGUAUCUGUUUAUUGUGGAAGUCAGUGUUGUUUCCUGUGGGACGAAGUCAUCGGUCAGGGUUGGUGCGCAAAGUUUUACAGUUCUUCUCAAUUACGAUAGCAAUAAAUUUUUUUGUGCAAUGUUG